AUGGAAGUAAAUACUUCCAUUACAAUGUCAAAAUUCAAUUUUCAACAUUUCUAUAAUGAUAUGAUUAUACCAAAUACAAAUCGUAUUACUGUUCUUCGUAUAUCUGAUCCAUUUAUUGCUGCUAUAUUUAUAACACCAUCUCAUCUUAUUUCGUCUUUUAUUUGUCUUAAAAAAUUAGUUCUUGAUAAUAUUAGUAUCAACUCUUUCGAUGAAAUUGUUAAUAAUUCAAGUGUUGUUUUCCCCGAAUUAAAUACAUUAAUUGUAUAUCCCAAUGAUGUGGAAUAUGAGACUAAAAUACUUCGAACGCCAAUAUAUUAUCAUCUGGAUAAAAAUGUUAUUAGUACAAUUGAACAUCUUGUUCUUAAUAUCUAUUUUCCAUAUAAUGCAUUUUAUGAUGUAGUUCAUAGAAUUCAUAAACUUCGUAGUUUAUCAAUUGAUUUACUUAACGAUUCCGAAUAUCCGAAUGAACAAUAUAUUAAUUAUAACCUUCCAUCAUUUGAAAAUUUAAAAAGAGUUUGUCUUAAGUUACAAAAAAUUCGUUUUAACAAAUUUGAAGAUAUUGUCAGAAAAUGUUUUAAAUUUGUCGAAGUUUUAUUUAUUUCGAUUGAAGAUGACGAAGAAUAUUUAUAUGCAGAACGAUGGGAAAAAUUAAUUUCUUCUCAUAUGCAGAAUUUACGUAUCUUUGAUAUCUAUCAUAAUGGUGUUCAACUACAAAAUCAAUUAGAUUACGAUGAAUUAAUUCAUGCGUUUACUUCAUCGUUUUGGAUUGAGAAACAUUGGUUCUUUACACAUCAACAUGAUUGUUCUCAAUCUUUUAAUAUUAAAGAUUUUCAUUCAACUCAACCAUAUAGAAGAAAAAGCUACGAGUUUCAUUGGCAAUCGAACAAAGAAAUUGGUUCAUUUCAAGGAACAAAUUUUAAUUCGGUCGAACAUGUUUUUAUUAAUGGUAGUUUACCCAAGACAAAUUGUGUGAAUUAUUUUCCAAAUGUCAACCAAUUGACAAUUAAUCAUUGUCCGAAAAUAGAUGAAUCAUCCCAGGUCGAACAUUACGGUGACCUGAUACGAUCGUAA